UUAGGCAGCACAUACAGCUUAGUUCAAGUGUUAGUUACUGCUCUCUGCUUCCUCAUUCUGCAGCUUGGAUACUCACUUCCACUAACUUCAAGUCUGUGGACUUCGCAAAGCUGAUGAUGUACAGUGCUAAGUUUCAUGACAGGUCUCAGAUCCCUCUGCAGAUUUAUCACAGGAAUUGAUUCCAUCAGACAUGGGCACCAUGAGGUUUCACCCUCUGCUGCUGUUUUCCCUGUUUGGAUUCUUCCAGGGAGGAAUUUCUCAGCUGCCUGAAUGGACGGAAGAGGUGGAAGGUAGUGGAGAGACAGAAUGGAAUCCCCAACCUGACUACAUAGAUGACAUAUACUGGUCAGGGUCAGCACCCCUUUGUCUAGGAGGCUGUAAGGCGCUGCACCAGGAGCUGAGGAGAGAUCGCUGUGGGGACUCGAGCUGCUGCUGGCUCGGCUACAAGUCCCUGUGCAAAGUGAACUGUGGGAAGCCAGCCGUGGAUUAUAAUGGUGUAGUGUACGGUAACGACUGGUGGGUGGGCUCUGCAGUGAGGUACACCUGUCGCCCUGGCUUCAUGCUGGUGGGAAACCCUACCAGAAUUUGCCAGCCUAAUGGCCUGUGGACGCCGAAACCGGCAUGCCUCCGAAUGUGUCAGCGAGGCAGCGUUGAAGUAAGUGAGAGGGAACUGAACGCGACCUGCAACUCCACCUGCGCCUACAAGAGCUACUUCGGCCCCCCCAAGCAAGGCUGCAGCCGCAUGGACAACUGCAAGAAGAAGGAGAGCGGCUGGAAGCGCUUCUUUGCACAGUGUGUCCCUUGCAUUUGUGACUGCGCUUUAUCAUGUGCAUCUGCAGGCUAGAGCAUGGAGAAAGCCCAGAGUUGACUGUACGGUGAGACAUCAGAUGAAGAAGAAAUGCACACACACACACUAUGAUUCUCCAUCUUUAAUCUCUCUGGCACACCCAAUUUCUCCUUGAGAGUUUACAAUAUGACAAGAAGAUGGCAGUCAGUCAGUAAGUGGUGAAUUAUGAGCAACUCAGAGCUGCUGAUCUUAUCUGUGUGAUGUAGGGUGGCGAGAAAAGAAAAGUGAGGGGAAUUAAUGUUCAAACAUUGAACAGUCCUGUCAGACUUGGGUCAAACAAUUGUUUGAUAUUCUUAAAAUCAUUUUUUUAUAAGUACCUUAAGUGCCAGGUUGUGAGGUCUGUUAUUAUUUUAAGGUCAUUUUGGGCAAAUUAUCAGGCUUUGGGGGUUUAGACAGCACUCAGACAGAAUUAUCAUUUUAUAUUCAUCUUUUAUGUCACAAAUUUAACCUCUCGGGUGUAUUGAAUAUACUUUAUUUAACGUGUGUCUGUAAAAACAUGCUUGGAAGGUAGAACUAAAGGAGAGAGGGGAGUGAAAUCACAGAGAUUAGUGUCUCUGCAUCAUUUACCUCCUCUCAGUCCAUCUGUCCUGGACGGAGCUGAAACCUUAAUCUUGUUACAAAGGGAGGAGCUGUGGUCAGAGAUAACACAAGUGCUGUAGAACUUAUAAGCUACGUGCUAACUAUUUCUACUGACAGGAAGAAUGCUAUAUGUUUUGAUAUUCAAAUUAUUUAUAAGUGGAAAAAUGGCACAUAAAAACUUUGUUGUAAAGUCAAAUUGUUAUUUUUAUAUAGAUUGAUGGUGUAAAUGUGAAAUGAUGUCUGGAGAAUUUUAAAGGAAUAAAAUGAACAAAAACUAA